AUGGCGAUUUCGGAUACUGUAGUGGGGAAUUUAACGACGUUGUACCUGUUAGUGAUAGCGGCAAUGAAGGCGUACGGAUUGAUGACUGGACGGAGCUACGGCGGAGUUUUUGUACUGAUUGUAUCAACAGCUGUUGUAGGAAGUGUAUUGAUUUUGAGUUUGACGUGGGAUGUGUCACGUAAGGUUACUAGGUGUGCUUUUACACGCGAUCGUUAUCUUACUCAGAAUCGGAAUCAGCCACGUCAUCAUUCCGAUGAGUUGUGUAGAGGUGGUAUAUGUUGGCACGGCGUUGCUGUUAGAUCUCCGGCGUCGCAGUUUCGGUUCCGGCUUCCUCAGCACCACCCUCGCUAG